AUGCCGGUUACUAUCAAACCCCUCACCCCCCCACCGGGAUCCGCCAUCAACUUCGGCGCUAUCGUCAACAACAUCGAUCUCGAGAACCUAACCGAUGAAACAUUCUCAACAAUCCACUCUACCCUCUACACCCACCAGGUCCUAAUCUUCAAAAACCAGCGCCAUGUCUCCCCCAAAGCCCAAUACCUCCUCACCAAACGCUUCGACCCGUCCUCUACCCAAUACGGCCACGGCAAAACCAUUGACGCAAAGCGCAGCAUCCUCCACCCCGAUCUCAAGACCGUGCCCCACCAACCUCAAGUCCAAGUUAUCGGACAUGGCCACAUCAACUCCUACGAAGGCCUCUCGAAUAUCCAACUAAAGCACCCGCACCACAAGACCUUCCACCGGGAUCCUAUCCCCGCGGAAGAAGAUCACGACUUCACUCGCUUCUAUAGAUGGCAUAUUGACGCCGCACUGUACGAAUAUCAUCCGUCCAAGGUAACGACUUUGCUCGCGGUGAAGGUACCAAGGGGUCGUCGACAGACGCUCAGAUACGAUGAUGGGUCCGAUGAGACAUUGGACGUACCGCUAGGCACGACGGCGUUCGUAAGCGGGGAACGGAUGUUCGAGCUCUUGUCGGAGGAAGAUAAAGACUUCGUGCUAGGAAGUAGGGUGGAAUAUGCGCCGCAUCCAUAUGUCUGGAUGAGCCCCGCGCGCGCCCUCCCAACAGGUCUAGGCCUCUACUCUGAGGGUCUCGAACUCCCCGAGUCCGAUCUCCCGGCUAUCGAUGAAUCGAAGAUCAUGAUCUUGCCGAUGGUCUGGAAGAACCCGGUUACGGGGAAACCGGCGUUGCAGAUCCAUCCAUCUGCUGUGCGGAAGAUUCAUCUGAAGGAUGGGGGUGUAAUUGAUGACUUGGCCCGGGUGCGGGAGAUCGUGUACCGGCUGCAGCGGCCGGCGAUUAGUCCGCAGUAUGUGUAUGCGCAUGAUUGGGAGGAGGGGGAUUUGGUGUUGUUUCAUAAUCGGGGGGUGAUUCAUUCGGUGGUGGGGGCGUUUGGGGAUGAUGAGGUGAGACUGUUUAGGCAGUGUAAUUUGGCGGCGGGGGAGGCGCCGGUAGGUAUGAGCGGUUAA